CCAAGUCGGGGUCAGAUCAGGAGAUCAGGUGAGAAUAUCUGUUUGCCAAGUCGGGGUCAGGUCAGGAGAGCAGGUGAGAAUAUCUGUUUGCCAAGCCUGGUCAGAUCAGGAGAGCAGGUGAGAAUAUCUAUUAGCCAAGCCUGGUCAGAUCAGGAGAGCAGGUGAGAAUAUCUGUUAGCCAAGCCGAGGUCAGAUCAGGAGUCAGGUGAGAACAUCUAUUAGCCAAGCCGGGGUCAGAUCAGGAGAACAGGUAGAGAAUA